UUGAAAUCCGAAGAACGUGUCAUGCUUUCUUUCUUUCAUUUCCCACUGACAAAGCAGAGAAAUUUGUUUAUCACAAGCCCAGGCAAGAAUCCACAACAUACAUGAUUCGAUCCCAAAAUAGUACGAAACAGAAUUUGAGGAAUACUCCGAUGCAAAUUCUUUAACACAAAGUGGGAAAAGCAGAACAAGUGAAGAGACAAAGCAAGAAGAAGACGACCUAAGUGAGCCAGUAGUAGCCAACAAGAAGCAGAAGAAGAAAGGAGAAUAAAUAAAUAAAAAAUGAAUUUAAAAAAAGAGCGUUAAAGUGAAACGCAGGUUAAUUUGUACCAUUUUUUGUAUCCUCUGUGACGUUCUCUCUUCACCGAACUCUCCCGCGGAUCCACCACCGUACACGGAGGAUACCAUCGUACACCAGAUCUUUCUCUGUCUCUCGAGAUGAACGAUUUCGAUGGUCUCUUAACUACCGAUUUCGGGUUCAAACCCCAAGGAAAAUCGGCGCCAAUGGCAGCAUCUAAAGCUUCUUCCAACAAUUCAUCUUCUCUCAACUUCGAUUUAGGUUCGCGAUCCGCUCGAGCUUCCAAUUCCUUGGCCGGCCACGACUCCGUCAACGCCGCUUCCUUUGACGAUCUCUUCGGCGGCGGUGGCAAGUCAGACGCGUCCUACGACUUCGACUCCGUGUUUCGCGGCUCCGCUGAUUUCCGCUCCAAGUCCGUUAACCUCCCGGCGCAUGACAAACCGGUCUACGACAAACCGAUGUAUGACGACGACGACAUUUUUGACGGCGUUCCCGGCCUCAAGAGCUCCUCCAAGUUCUCCUACGGCGACGUUUUCGCUCCGGCCGCGUUCGAUGAUCUUCUCGGCGGGCUAGGUAAAUCGAAGCCUUCGGACAAGGAAGAGCGAGGUGUCGCGGAUUUUGAUGACUUGAUCCCUGGAUUCGGGAGCAGCAAGGCUUCCACUGACAGGACCGUCCCUAAUAUUGAUUUGUCAUCACAACCUACUAUCAGUUCUUCUAAAAUGGCUUCCGGUGAAACAGAUGACCCUUUCAAAGUGUUUGAACCAACUUCAGCCCCAAUGGAUUCAUCCUCAAAAUACUUUACAGACCCAUUGGAAGAAAUUAGUAAAUUUAGUAGUUCUAGAAACACAAAAAAUGGUAGUUUGUCAAAUUCUAAUGGUGAAGUAUAUGAUGAUAUUGAUCCCUUUGGUGGACUUGGAAAUUCUGUGCCUUCAUUCUCAGCAGAGAGAAAUAGCACAAAGGGUAGCAGCUCCCCGAAUACAACCAGUGAUAAAGAAUCAAAUGGCGAAUCAUCUGUGAGGAGUCCUGAGAGACAAACACAAAACAAGAUUCCUGUUGAUAAUGAUCAGGAAUUUCAUCAGGCUGCAUUUAACAUGCCAACAUAUUCCUCCAAUUCCUACAAACCAUUUGGCGAAAGGUCUACUUCCCCUUCGCAUGAUAAUGAUGGUUUUAAACCUGCUAAUACCCAAGCGGAUAUGACUCCGAAAUAUGAAGAGGAGUUUGAAUCAAAUGAUGAUAUAUGGCUGACGGUAUCAGAGAUUCCUCUUUUCACUCAGCCAACUGCUGCUCCACCACCUUCAAGACCUCCUCCUCCCCGACCAGUACAUAUCCCCAAGUCGGGAGGAGGUUCAUCUGCUUCUGCCAAUGUCAGAAAGAAGGAUAGUGAAUUUUCUUCUUUUCCAAGUUCCACUCAAUUUUAUCAGGGUCCUAAAUCUACUCCUGCUGCAGCCAAAUUAUCUUCUGCAUUUCAGUUUGAUGAACUUGAAGAAUUUGCCAUGGGCAGGAGUCUUGGUAAUGACAAUGAACAUGGAAAUGGUCUUGCUGAUAAAGAAUUAGAGAUGAACUCAGCUGCUGCAGCGAUGAAAGUGGCUAUGGAUAAAGCUGAAGCUAAAUUUAGGCACGCAAAGGAAGUUAGGGAGAGGGAAAAUACGAAAGCUGUUAAAAGCAAGGAACCUGUGCAAUUGGAAAAAGAUGGCAGAACUGUGACAGAGGAUGGAGGAAAACAGGAAAGGUUAGAUCAUGAACAGCAGCAAAAGGAGAGAGAGGAGAGAGAGCAAAGAAGACGUGAGAAGGAAAUAGAAGAGAAAGAAAGAGAGCAACAGAGACUUGAGAGAGAAAGAGAAAUGGCUAGACAGGCUGUAGAAAGAGCUACAAGAGAAGCCCGUGAAAGAGCAGCUGUUGAAGCUCGCCAAAGAGCUGAGAGGGCUGCUGUUGAGAAAGCUAAUGCAGAAGCUAGGAAGCGUGCUGAAAGGGCCGCAGUUCAGAGGGCACAAGCUGAAGCCCGUGAAAGGGCUGCUGCUGAGGCAAAGGAAAGGGCUGAAAAGGCUGCUGCUGAGGCAAAGGAAAGGGAAGUGCGGGAACGAGCUGCAGCUGCAAGAGCUGAAUCUGAAGCAAGAGGUAAACAAGAACGUGCUGCGGUUGAAAGGGCUGCUGCAGAGGCUCGAGAAAGAGCUGCUGUACAGGCUCGAGAAAGAGCUGCUGCUGCUGCAAGGAUGAACCAACAACAAAAUGACAAUGAUCUUGAAUCAUUCUUCAGCACAGGUGCACGAGCUAACAGUGCUCCCAGGCCUCCUAGGUCCAGCGCUUCAGAACCUGUAUUUGAUGCCCAAUUUCAGGCGAAAACUGCAGGUGUGUCUUCAAGCAUGAAGAAAGCAUCAUCAUCUACUAAUAUUGCUGAUGAUCUCUCCUCAAUUUUUGGAGCUGCUCCAUCAUCAUCUGGAGCAUUUCAGGAAGUUGAUGGGGAAAGUGAAGAAAGACGAAAAGCCAGGUUGGAACGCCAGCAGAGGGCUCAGGAGCGUGCGGCUAAAGCAUUGGCUGAGAAGAAUCAACGGGACCUACAAACUCAAAGAGAGCAAGCUGAGAAACAUAGGCUCGGUGAAACAUUGGAUUUCGAAAUUAAGCGCUGGGCUGCAGGAAAAGAGGGGAACUUACGUGCUUUGCUUUCCACCUUACAAUAUGUUCUGUGGCCUGAAUGUGGUUGGCAGCCAGUUUCUUUGACUGAUUUGAUUACAGCGGCAGCUGUCCGAAAGGUUUACAGGAAAGCUACAUUGUGCAUUCAUCCUGAUAAAGUGCAACAGAAGGGUGCCACUAUACAACAAAAAUGUAUUGCUGAGAAGGUUUUUGAUCUACUCAAGGAAGCAUGGAAUAAGUUCAAUUCAGAGGAGCUUUUCUAAUCUUUAGACGAACUGAACAACUUCAAGGCAGUUUUGUUCUGGCCACUCUGAUGAAAGGUAACCACACCCCCGUUUCAGCUGCCUCUCCCACUGCUUAUUUCUUUCGAUUAAAGUUCUAUGGCAUCAAUGAUAAAAAAAUCAAUUUAUCGUGUGGCAUCAGGAUGUCCAAAGGAUACACGGGGAAGUAAUUUGUAAUCGAUGUAAUUUCCAGGGGGUUGUCGGGUUUACUAUACCGAUGCUUAUGCAAUAUGUUCUGUUGUAAAAUCUUUUCGUGGGCGUUUGUCAAUUCAAUUCAUUAUUUCGGUCGAGUGAGGAGAUCUCACGAGCAGUCUGUUUUUAGUUAAUUUUUUGAAUUUUAUUACUUGUGAUAUAGUAUAUAGUUUCUUGAAUAUAAUAUAAUUCCAGUUGUGGAUUGACAUCAGAAUGUGGUAAAGUUCAUGCA